GGUGUGACAUGAGCUUCGAGACUGGAGUUGUCAGCCAAUAGAAAUGGGUCACAUGGCUUCCUGCCCAGCGCUGAAGUUUGACACGACGGCGUGCGUCGAUGAAUCGAGUUCGAGGAAGGUGACACUAAAACACGAAGUCCCGUUUGAAAAUCUUGCUUGCCCCGCCAGGAUUAGGGUUCCAUUUUCCACGCAUGUUGGGGCUUGCUCUUUCCAGCCACUUCCAGAAAGCUUGCCAUUUUGAACAUGGAACGCUCCAGUGGUGGUGAGUGAAUGCUUCACCAUAAAACGUUUGCAAUACCGGCCAGUAGCACGGGGGUCUAGUAAUGGCGGAUCGAAGCACGGUAGAAACGCUGAGCAUCGCGGAUUCUCUGAGCGGAAAGCACACUCUCUCUGACUCGGAGGGAGCAUUCAAUGACAAUAAGUUCAACGACGCUGCUGCCUCCUCUGCACCGACGACAGUGCAAGAAGACCCGAGUCACUUCCGCUGGCAGAAAGUCUCGCACAAGUGGCUGUGUCAACGGACUGUCAAAAGGAUCUACUUCGCAUGUGUCUGCAAGGCCAUCACCGGCUGCACGGCGCGGAAAGUGGAGGACCGCCUCCCCGGCCCGCCUCGGGGGAAGCACAAUGCUGCACCCAUUGGCACUGGCACAAGUAGUAGUACCAGAUCCGGUGGCUUCAGCAGUGCCGCCGCCGCAUCCGGUGCCGCCGCGACUGCUGCUACUGCUUCUGCUGCUGCUGCGGAUUCUUUGACUGGAGAAUCCACCCUGCCUGAGCGCGUGGAGAUGCGCAAGGUGAUGCGGAUGACAACCUCGGGGUUCCACAACCACCCUUCCACCAUGUGCCACAAGCGCUGCCGCCGGGGCGACAACAUGAUGGGAAACGUCACUGGCGAUGUCACUGACAUCGUCAUGACCGGGCCGCCUUCUAAGGCGGCUCCCAUGAUUGCGCCCUACUGCUCCUCCGCUCACCAUGGACCGCUCCCUGAGCCACGGGCCGCAAUAUCCCAAGCCGCCAAUAAUCCACUCAGGGCUGACACUGCCCUUGCUGCAGCUGCGGCUGUGUUGGAUCCACCGAGACAUGCCGGCAUAGGCCUGACCCGAAAUCCUCUGGGCCAGAGGGCCUCUGGGAGCACGUCUGCGCGGAUUCCCAUGUGUCAUGCUCCGCAGCAAGUCUGGCAGGCAGAGUGGACGUCCAGUGACCGGGCUUUGAAGUGGCAGAGGACAGCAGCUGAGCCAGCAAAUGAUGCCGAGCCAGCAGCCGAGCCAGCAAAUGAUGCCGAGCCAGCAGCCGAGCCAGCAAAUGAUGCCGAGCCAGCAGCCGAGCCAGCAGCCGAGGCAGCAACUGAGGCGGUGGAGAGCCCCAGCGUGAGCUGCUGGCAUGACGGGCCGGCGGAUGACGAUGCCUCUGCUCGGGGGCUGACAGCAGCGAACGGCGCUACUGAAGUGGCACAGCAGAGCAGCCUCUGGUCGCCACAGUGCUGCAUCAGCCGCCGUAAAGAUGGGCUGCCUGCUGGUGACUGGUCUCAACCUCCCAACGAUGCGUUCGCUCCAGGCUUGACUGCGACAAACUGCAUACCUCAACGGGUGCACCAGAGCAGCCUCGGGCCGCUGCAGAGCUUUCCGGACCUGGCUCCGAGUCUAGCAGGCCCGGCAGGCCCAGUAAGCUCAGCAGCCCCAACCGGCCCAGCAGGCCUGGCAAUGGCACAUCUGCAGGAGGGGGAGACUCCAUUAAAUGACCCAGCUGGGCUUCCCAAGGGGCUUCCCCAGGAGGGGGAGACUCCAGAAAGAAACACUGCUGGGAUUCCCCAGGAGUGGAAAACAGCAGCUAAGGACACAGGUGGGGCAAGCAGCAACCACCACGACCUUGCGUUUCUGCUGGGGGCGCUUCUGUCGCCAGCGGAACGGGAGGUUGUGGUGGCGAGGCUAUUCCAUCUGCAAGGCGCGCUGGAGAACAGAGGACAGCGGAUUGGCAUGGAUGGCAGCAGUGAUUGCGGCACUGGCUUCUGCAGCAGCAGUGCCUGCAUGCACACGUUCCAGGAGGCUUGCUGCGGAUCGAAUCCAACUUUUUCCCACAUGCACACGUUUCAGGGCCUUGGCCUCUGCAGCAGCGGCAGCAGCUUUGCUAAACUUCCAGGUGAGGCGGCUCCUGCUCCUGCUGCCAGCAUGGAUUCAGGCAUUGCUGGAGGCACGGAGGUCUCCUUUAGUGCUGGGACAGACUUUGGGGCUUCGUCUGUCCCUCUAGCUUCUGCUCCUGCUGCCAGCAUGGAUUCAGGCGUUGCUGGUGGCACCGCUGCUGCCGUGGCCAACCCUCCAGCGUUUGCGGUGACAGGGAGCAGUGCAGCAGAGAUGCUGUGUGCGCUGGGUGCAGGCAUGGAGCUCACCUGUGCUGUUGGGACUGGGACAGAGGUUGGCGCUCCUAACAACACUGCUCCUGCAUAUCCUGCCGACCCUGCUCCUGCUUAUCCUGCUUAUCCCAUUGCUGCUACGGACACCCCCGCUGCUGCUUCUGCUUAUUCUGUUGCUGUUACAGCCGCUCCUGCUACUGCUUCUGCUUAUUCUGUUGCUGCUACAGCCGCUCCUACUGCUGCUUCUGCUUAUCCUGUUGCUGCUACUGCCACUCCUGCUGCUGCCUCUGCUUCUCCUGUUGCUGCUACAGCUGCUCCAGAUCAAGGUCCGCUGCCCCUAACUGACCAGCAUACUGAGACUGAUAACUGCAGCAAUCACUGUGGCGAUCACUGUACUCCUCUCCUUCACUCCGUCGCUGCCAAACUGGACAUGGUGACGUUUGAGAAGGCUGUUGCAGUGACACAUGACAUCCUGACAUGUGACACAGUGACUUAUGACACACUGACGUGUGACACAGUGACUGACAAAGGGACACAUGACGCACUGACAUACGGCACAGUGACACAUGAGGAAUUCCGAGAGGUGCAGCAGCUUGGACACGAAGUUUGGCUGGAGAUGGAGCAGAAGAAACAUGAGGAAUGUCAUAAGCGUAUGAUCUAUGAAGAGUGUCAAGUGCGGAAGGCAUACGGAGAAUGCAUGGAGUCGACGACGGCAUACCAUAUUAUAGACGACUGGCCUGUGUUGGAACAGCGGCUGGAUGCUUUUUGGUUAGAGAACGAGAGUCACGCGUAUGUUUGAAACUUGCAUACAGUACGGCUGGUGAUAACUUAUUUGAUGGAAAUAGCACUGUAAACGCCCGGAUAGAAGACAGGGACGACUUGUAAGCAUAUACGCUUGUAAGUAGGGUGUUUCCUUAUAUAA